GUCUGGCGCCGGGAGCCAGAGCUCGGGCCCAUUGCUGAGCCCUGUGUUCCUGCAGGAGAUGGAGCUAGGGGCGGAGGGAGGAAGGGAAUCUGGAGGUGGAAAGGACUUUGCUGUACACGCGCAGGAGGGAUGGUGGUUAAUUUAUAAGUCUUAGCCUUCCAGAAAUGAUUUAAAGCAACAUAGCAGGAGAUAGGAGCCUUAGAUUUAUUGCCGCCAAUUAUAAGGAAAGAUGAUUGGAUUGAGAAAGGUUCAUGCUUGUUCCUCAGUACUUGAGACGGUUAAUUUUCAUCCAAGCUGGUAGUUUAACGGCUUCCAGGUUUUGGCUAUGUUCAAGCAUAACUGCAUGCACUUGCUAUACUGGAUGAAAAUGGUCUCCAUCCUUGAACACAGUUGGAUAUGUCACCACCAGCGAUAUGAAUACAGUGCUAAAGCAGAGGGAGCUUUAUGAAUUGUAACUAGCAUGCACUAGGGAUACUUGACUGAAAGGUUCCUUUCGUGCCGUUUUUAUACCAAAACGAAUGUGAUUUACCUUAAGGUUUGUAAAGUGCUUUUAUGUUAUGUACAGCUUUGUCUCGCUGAAGUUGGCUGACACAGCCUUAUUGAAUUUGGAUGAGAGUUCCACCUCUCCUCCCUUCCUCUGGGAAGUGCCACCUCUGGACUAAAUAGCUGGGAAUAGAAGAUGAGAAAACCAAAGAAAGGAGCACACAGAUGGAGGAAACUGAGGGAAGAAUAGCUUUCAAACAUGUUAGGCAAUAAGAAGUUGAUGAAAGUUUUUGAACAGCAGAGAGAGAAUUUCUGUGCGAGGAAACAAAUCCAUUGUCAGUUUUUUAAAUAUAUCCCUUUGGAGCAGCCACUUUACAUCCUCUGAGGCCCAAAUGGGCCAGCUUGCCGGGACCAAAGGAAAUCUUUGGGUCUGGAAGGCGACAAGAGAUCACCGCCUUUCUAGGUCUCCCGCGCACCCCGAUGACGUCACUCGGCGACGUUAUCUGACGUCAGAGUUUCCUGCCCACCAUCUUUGUCCCUGGCAAAGUGGGUUUUGCGCAGUGGCUUAGACCUAGAAAGGAAUCGUGACGGGCAAGAAACCAUUACACCACCACCCGGGCUGUGCUCUUCGGCUCCCACCGCCACCCCCACCCUCGCCUUCGCCUCCGCCUCCGGUGCACAUUAAAGAUCCAAAGUCAUGACUGACUCCAAGUAUUUCACAACCAAUAAAAAAGGAGAAAUAUUUGAACUAAAAGCUGAACUCAACAAUGAAAAGAAAGAAAAGAGAAAGGAGGCUGUGAAGAAAGUGAUUGCUGCUAUGACCGUGGGGAAGGAUGUUAGUUCUCUCUUUCCAGAUGUAGUGAACUGUAUGCAGACUGACAAUCUGGAACUAAAGAAGCUUGUGUAUCUCUACUUGAUGAACUACGCCAAGAGUCAGCCAGACAUGGCCAUCAUGGCUGUAAACAGCUUUGUGAAGGACUGUGAAGAUCCUAAUCCUUUGAUUCGAGCCUUGGCAGUCAGAACCAUGGGGUGCAUCCGGGUAGACAAAAUUACAGAGUAUCUCUGUGAGCCGCUCCGCAAGUGCUUGAAGGAUGAGGAUCCCUAUGUUCGGAAAACAGCAGCAGUCUGCGUGGCAAAACUCCAUGAUAUCAAUGCCCAAAUGGUGGAAGAUCAGGGAUUUCUGGAUUCUCUACGGGAUCUCAUAGCAGAUUCAAAUCCAAUGGUGGUGGCUAAUGCUGUAGCGGCAUUAUCUGAAAUCAGUGAGUCUCACCCAAACAGCAACUUACUUGAUCUGAACCCACAGAACAUUAAUAAGCUGCUGACAGCCCUGAAUGAAUGCACUGAAUGGGGCCAGAUUUUCAUCCUGGACUGCCUAUCUAAUUACAACCCUAAAGAUGAUCGGGAGGCUCAGAGCAUCUGUGAGCGGGUAACUCCCCGGCUAUCCCAUGCCAACUCAGCAGUGGUGCUUUCAGCGGUAAAAGUCCUAAUGAAGUUUCUAGAAUUGUUACCUAAGGAUUCUGACUACUACAAUAUGCUGCUGAAGAAGUUAGCCCCUCCACUUGUCACUUUGCUGUCUGGGGAGCCAGAAGUGCAGUAUGUCGCCCUGAGGAACAUCAACUUAAUUGUCCAGAAAAGGCCUGAAAUCUUGAAGCAGGAAAUCAAAGUCUUCUUUGUGAAGUACAAUGAUCCCAUCUAUGUUAAACUAGAGAAGUUGGACAUCAUGAUUCGUUUGGCAUCUCAAGCCAACAUUGCUCAGGUUCUGGCAGAACUGAAGGAAUAUGCCACAGAGGUGGAUGUUGACUUUGUUCGAAAAGCUGUGCGGGCCAUUGGACGGUGUGCCAUCAAGGUGGAGCAAUCUGCAGAGCGCUGUGUAAGCACAUUGCUUGAUCUAAUCCAGACCAAAGUGAAUUAUGUGGUCCAAGAAGCGAUUGUUGUCAUCAGGGACAUCUUCCGCAAAUACCCCAACAAGUAUGAAAGUAUCAUUGCCACUCUAUGUGAGAACUUAGACUCGCUGGAUGAGCCAGAUGCUCGAGCAGCUAUGAUUUGGAUUGUGGGAGAAUAUGCUGAAAGAAUUGACAAUGCAGAUGAGUUACUAGAAAGCUUCCUGGAGGGUUUUCAUGAUGAAAGCACCCAGGUGCAGCUCACUCUGCUUACUGCCAUAGUGAAGCUAUUUCUCAAGAAACCAUCAGAAACACAGGAGCUAGUCCAGCAGGUCUUGAGUUUGGCAACACAGGAUUCUGAUAAUCCUGACCUUCGAGACCGGGGCUAUAUUUAUUGGCGCCUUCUCUCAACUGACCCUGUCACAGCUAAAGAAGUAGUCUUGUCUGAGAAGCCACUGAUCUCUGAGGAGACGGACCUUAUUGAGCCAACUCUGCUGGAUGAGCUAAUCUGCCACAUUGGUUCUUUGGCCUCUGUGUAUCAUAAGCCUCCCAAUGCUUUUGUGGAAGGAAGUCAUGGAAUUCAUCGUAAACACUUGCCAAUUCAUCAUGGGAGCACUGAUGCAGGUGACAGUCCUGUUGGCACUACCACUGCAACAAACCUGGAACAGCCUCAGGUUAUCCCCUCUCAAGGUGAUCUUCUAGGGGAUCUUUUAAACCUUGACCUUGGUCCCCCAGUCAAUGUGCCACAGGUGUCCUCCAUGCAGAUGGGAGCAGUGGAUCUCCUAGGAGGAGGACUAGAUAGUCUGCUUGGCAGUGACCUUGGCGGGGGCAUUGGAGGAAGUCCGGCAGUGGGACAAUCCUUCAUCCCAUCAUCGGUGCCUGCAACCUUUGCUCCUUCACCUACACCUGCUGUGGUCAGCAGUGGACUGAAUGACCUGUUUGAACUCUCCACAGGGAUAGGCAUGGCGCCUGGUGGAUAUGUGGCUCCUAAGGCUGUCUGGCUACCUGCAGUAAAGGCUAAAGGCUUGGAGAUUUCAGGAACAUUUACUCACCGCCAAGGGCACAUCUAUAUGGAAAUGAACUUCACCAAUAAAGCUCUGCAGCAUAUGACAGAUUUUGCAAUCCAGUUUAACAAAAAUAGCUUUGGUGUCAUCCCCAGCACUCCUCUAGCCAUCCAUACACCACUGAUGCCAAACCAGAGCAUUGAUGUCUCCCUGCCUCUCAAUACCUUGGGCCCAGUCAUGAAGAUGGAACCUCUGAAUAACCUCCAGGUGGCUGUGAAAAACAAUAUCGAUGUCUUCUACUUCAGCUGCCUCGUCCCACUCAAUGUGCUUUUUGUAGAAGAUGGCAAAAUGGAGCGCCAGGUCUUCCUUGCAACAUGGAAGGACAUUCCCAAUGAAAAUGAACUUCAGUUUCAGAUUAAGGAAUGUCAUUUAAAUGCUGACACUGUUUCCAGUAAGUUGCAAAACAACAAUGUUUAUACUAUUGCCAAGAGGAAUGUGGAAGGGCAGGACAUGCUGUACCAAUCCCUGAAGCUCACUAAUGGCAUUUGGAUUUUGGCCGAACUACGUAUCCAGCCAGGAAACCCCAAUUACACGCUGUCACUGAAGUGUAGAGCUCCUGAAGUCUCUCAAUACAUCUAUCAGGUCUACGACAGCAUUUUGAAAAACUAACAAGACUGGUCCAGUACCCUUCAAUCAUGCUGUGAUCGGUGCAAGUCAAGAACUCUUAACUGGAAGAAAUUGUAUUGCUGUGUAGAAUCUGAACACACUGAGGCCACCUAGCAAGGUAGUAACUAGUCUAACCUGUGCUAACAUUAGGGCACAACCUGUUGGAUAGUUUUAGCUUCCUGUGAACAUUUGUAACCACUGCUUCAGUCACCUCCCACCUCUUGCCAUCUGCUGCUGCUAUCUGUCCUUACUUGUGGGCUUCUCCAUGCUGUGCCAAUGGCUGGCUUUUUCUACACCCUCUUGAGUGUAGUUUGGUGUUUUGUAAUUGAGAGCUCAUUUCAAAAGCAGAAAAAGACAACAAAUAUUAAAGCAAGGAAAAGUGUCACUGAAA